CCUCUGGCCCAGGCAAUGGCAGCGGCUCCGUCCUCUCCGCAGCAGAUCAGGGACCGGCUGCUGCAGGCCAUCGACCCCCAAAGCAACAUCCGGAACAUGGUGGCGGUGUUGGAAGUCAUCUCCAGCCUGGAGAAAUACCCCAUUACCAAAGAGGCACUGGAGGAGACGCGACUUGGGAAACUCAUCAAUGACGUCCGCAAGAAGACCAAGAAUGAAGAGCUCGCCAAGCGGGCCAAGAAGCUGCUGCGGAACUGGCAGAAGCUCAUUGAGCCUGUGCACCAGAAUGAGGCAGUGCUGCGGGGGCUGGCAGGUGCCCCUGGCUCUGCUAACGGGGGUGCCCACAACUGCCGGCCAGAGGUGGGGGUGGCCAGCGCACCCAAGAGCAUCCAUGACCUGAAGAACCGCAAUGACAUCCAGAGACUGCCUGGGCUGCGGCUGGACAGGCUGGGCAGUCACAAGCGCCGGGGGGACCAGCGUGACCUUGGCCACCCUGGGCCACCUCCCAAGGUCUCCAAAGUAACUCAUGACUCCCUGGUUCCCAACUCAUCACCUCUCCCCACCAAUGGGAUAGGUGGGAGCCCCGAGAGCUUCCCAGGUCCCCUGGACAGUGGCAGACACGUGGGCCCUGAGGGCAGCUGCCUGGAGCAGGGCGAGAAUGACAAGCACAGCAUCAAGAUCCCCAUCAAUGCUGUGAGGCCGCACACCAGCUCCCCAGGUCUGGGCAAGCCCUCCGGGCCCUGUUUGCAAAGCAAGGCUGCAGUGCUACAGCAGCUGGACAGGGCGGACGAGACCUCGGGACCUCCCCACCCCAAAGGGCCGCCUCGCUGCUCCUUCAGUCCCCGGAACUCACGGCAUGAGGGCUCCUUUGCCCGGCAGCGGAGCCCAUACUCACCCAAGGGCUCUGUGCCCAGUCCCUUGCCUCGGCCCCAGUCGCUCGAUGUCACGCAGGUGCCGUCACCACUGCCACUUGCCCAGCCAUCCACACCCCCUGUGCGGCGGCUAGAGCUGUUGCCCAGUGCUGAGAGCCCAGUGCACUGGCUAGAGCAGCCUGAGGGCCACCAGCGACUGGCAGGGCCGGUCUGCAAGGCAGGGCUGUCGCCAGCUGAGUCCAUCCUACCCCGGGCUGGCUUCUCCCCAGACUCCUCUAGGGCGGACAGUGAUGCAGCCUCCUCUGGUGGUUCAGACAGCAAAAAGAAGAGGAAACAGCCUCGUGACUACACGGUGAACUUGGGCGGCCAAGUGGCCGAGGCAGGCGUCAAGCCUGUGCGGUUAAAAGAGCGGAAGCUCACCUUGGACCCCAUGACAAGACAGAUCAAACCUCUGACCCAGAAAGAGCCAGUGCGGGCCGACAGCCCUGUGCACACGGAGCAACCCAGGACAGGGCUGGACAAACCCGAGGCCAAGACCAGCCUCCAAAGCCCCUUUGAGCAGACGAACUGGAAGGAGCUGUCACGCAAUGAGAUCAUUCAGUCCUACCUAAGCCGGCAGAGCAGCUUGCUCUCAUCUUCGGGCGCACAAACCCCAGGGGCCCACCACUUCAUGUCUGAGUACCUGAAACAGGAGGAGAGCACCCGGCGUGGGGCCAGGACGCCACACGUGCUACUGCCUCCAGGCCCAUCCACUGACCUCCCGGGGCUAAGCCGCCAGGUCACGCAGAACGAUCUGGACAGAAUCCAAGCCCACCAGUGGCCAGGGGUGAAUGGGUGUCAGGACACACAGGGUAACUGGUAUGACUGGACGCAGUGCAUAUCGCUUGAUCCGCACGGUGACGACGGGCGAUUGAACAUUCUGCCUUAUGUUUGCUUAGACUGAUUGGCCCCUCAGCCUCUAAGUGCAUUCCCACCUUGCAGUUAGCAGGAGGGUGGCCAGGCCUGGAAGCCUCGUGGUUUGGAGCCCAGCUGAGGCAGAAGGGAGGGGCGGGAGUCUUAGGUCUCUCUAAGCUCUUCCCUCAAAAUUCUCCUUCUUUUGUGAAAUGCUGCUACCAGUUUACUAACAAAAUUACAAAGGAAGGACCGCGUGGAAGGAAGGCCGGCAAAGUGAGUUCAGAACUCUAUAGCAAACCAGCUAUAAAACGCGUCAGCUCCCCACCCCAGGAGAGGUGCGGACACUUCCCAGCAUCCAUGAGCUGGGACCUCAGUUGCAGGCAGGCACAGAAAACCUGUGGGAGAAGUUACCUUUAACACAGUGACAGAAGCAUGCAUCGCAUCUAUCUGCAUUUUCUGUUCUUUCAUUUGGCCCUGAGUGUUUGAGGCAGUGGGCAACCUCAUGGCCUAUUUGCACCCCAUCCAGCCAGUGUUUCCAUCAUGGUGCCAGAUGUAAUGAGCUGCUGGCAUCAGGUGGGCCCCUGGCCAGCCUGUUUGACCCACACUCCAUGGGCAUCCACACAUGAGUAUUUUGUUUCAGUUCAAA